GAAGCAUCGUGUUCUCCACGAUCUGCCUUGAACGCAGCACUUACGUCCGUGCGUAACUACGUCACCGUCCCGUCCAGCCCUCCUUCAGCGUGCACACGGCUCGAGCCCUGAAUCACAGACAUCAUGGCUUCCCUCUCGAUGGCCCCGGUCAACAUCUUCAGACAUGGAGCUGAUGAAGAAAAAGCCGAAACAGCCCGACUGUCGUCCUUUGUCGGCGCCAUCGCCAUCGGAGAUCUGGUGAAGAGCACUUUGGGUCCGAAGGGAAUGGACAAGAUUCUGCUCGGCGGAGGAAAAGGCGCCUCGGUGACGGUGACCAACGACGGAGCGACGAUCCUGAAGGCCAUCGGAGUCGACAACCCCGCCGCCAAAGUUCUGGUUGACAUGUCGAAGGUCCAGGACGAUGAGGUCGGAGACGGGACGACAUCCGUCACCGUGCUCGCCGCCGAGCUGCUGAGGGAGGCGGAGCUUCUGAUCGCCAAGAAGAUCCACCCGCAGACAAUCAUCUCCGGCUGGAGGAAGGCGACGCAGGCGGCCAGAGAAGCUCUGAGAGAAGCCGCCGUGGACCACAGCAACGACGACGCUCGUUUCCAGGAGGACCUGCUGAACAUCUCGCGCACCACGCUCUCAUCCAAGCUGCUGACGCACCACAAGGACCACUUCGCCAACCUCGCCGUCAACGCGGUCAUGAGGCUGAAGGGCUCCGGCAACCUGGACGCCAUCCACGUCAUCAAGAAGCUCGGCGGCAGCCUCACCGACUCGUACCUGGAUGAAGGUUUCCUGUUGGACAAAAAGAUCGGAGUGAACCAACCGAAGAGGCUGGAGAACGUCAACAUCCUGAUCGCCAACACCGGCAUGGACACCGACAAGAUCAAGGUGUUUGGCUCCAGGGUUCGCGUCGACUCGAUGGCGAAGGUCGCCGAAAUCGAACAGGCGGAGAAGGAGAAGAUGAAGGAGAAGGUCGAGCGGAUCCUGAAACACGGGAUCAACUGCUUCAUCAACAGACAGUUGAUCUAUAACUAUCCCGAGCAGCUGUUCGCUCAGGCCGGCAUCAUGGCCAUCGAGCACGCCGACUUCUCUGGCGUCGAGCGACUCGCCCUGGUCACUGGCGGAGAGAUCACCUCCACCUUCGACCACCCGGAGCUGGUGAAGCUCGGUCACUGCAAACUGAUCGAGGAGGUGAUGAUCGGAGAAGACACACUCAUCCACUUCUCUGGGGUUUCCAUGGGCGAGGCGUGUACCAUCAUCCUGCGCGGAGCGACGCAGCAGAUCCUGGACGAGGCCGAGCGCUCGCUGCACGAUGCUCUGUGUGUGUUGGCUCAGACAGUGAAGGAGCCACGCACCGUGUAUGGAGGAGGCUGCUCCGAGAUGCUGAUGGCCCGGGUGGUGAGCGACCUCGCCAACAGGACGCCAGGGAAGGAGGCGGUCGCCAUGGAGUCGUUCGCCAAGGCUCUGAUGACGCUGCCGACCAUCAUCGCCGACAACGCCGGCUACGACAGCGCCGACCUGGUGGCUCAACUGAGAGCUGCACACCAGGACAACAAGAGCAGCUUCGGACUGAACAUGUUCGAGGGCACGAUCGGCAACAUGGCGGAGCUCGGCAUCACCGAGUCGUUCCAGGUGAAGCGUCAGGUUCUGCUCAGCGCCUCCGAGGCCGCGGAGAUGAUACUGAGGGUCGACAACAUCAUCAAAGCUGCUCCCAGGAAGAGAGUUCCCGACCAUCACCCCUGCUAGAGGAAGAGGAGGAUGAAGAAGAACGGGGGGAGGGGCAUCGGUCUUGUUAUUUAUCACCUCUGUCUAGUUCAAAUUAAAGAAACGCUCCGCUGGUUUGUUUUGUUUUUUCUCUGUCACUUAAAACACUGUGGAAGUGUUAGCCGGCUAACGCUAGCUGACCUCAGUGGCUCUGCUAAUGCUAGCUGGACAGAGCGCUAACAGUGGAAUGGAGUUGGUCAGUGCAGUUUGUGAUGCUAACAUUAGCCGAGGUCCUGGCUAUGCUAACGUUAGCACAGUUGGCGUUUAGAGAGGAAGUGAAGGCGGUUCUUUGUUUACUGAAAUAAAAGAACAAAUUGUCACCGGA